AUAAAAGCAAAUAAAAAUAAAAUAAAGAAAAAACGAAAAAGUGCACUCGGAACCGUGCAAUAUUAGCUAAAUAACAAAGCCAAUAACGAAAGUUACCAAAUAAAGUAAUAAUAAAAAUACUAAUUAAUAAAAUAAGCAGUCUCAUCCAGAAUCUAGGUUUAAUUAAUUAAAAGUGCAAUAAUAAAUAUGCAUUUGUUUAUAGUGCGCGCUCUCGAAAAUACCUUUUAAAUCGAAUAAUUCAAAAAUAUAUUUUUUUGAAACUUAUAUUUUAGUUUGUAAACACUAAAAAUAAUACUCUAUUGGCGUGAACCGUGCACAACGACUCUCACAAUCUCUCGAUCGACCAGAUCUUUUUCCCACUCUGAGCAGCAGCUCUAUUAGGUGCUCUGAGAAGCUAGACGUGGGUGGUAGCGUGAAAACUUUCGCUUUCUUCACUCAUAUAUGAGAAUUAUAUCAAUUCUCUUUCACUCACCUGUUUACUCUCUCGCACGCUCGCUUGCUUACUCCUAGCGUUCACUGUUGACCUCAACUGAGAUAUUUGUUAGCCGUUCGACUUUAGUACGUUUCUUUAAUUGCCGGACGUGUAAUCAUUGCGCUCGAACAAACAAUUCUUUUUUCUACAUUUUUUUCGCGAGAAAUCUAAUUUAUACUAAGUAAUACCAAAGUGAGUGCGUUUUUUUACUUAUAAUUUCAUAUAACGAUUAAAGCAUGAUGUCGGAAUCCAACUCCACGCCGACUACACCCGCAAUCGAAGACAGCAACAACACACCUGCCGCGGCGGAUAAAAAUGCCAAGAAGCCUUUGUCUGAGAAGGAGCUGAAGGAACUGAAGGAGCAGCAUAUUUAUAAUAAUUUCGCUACACCACUCAUUGGCACCUACCUCAAUUUGCCGCAGGAAUCGGUAAUGUUGAAGUGUCCUGCUUGCGGCAUUGUUGAAAUGACACAAGUCGAAAACGAUAUGAAAUGGUGGGCGACGGAGAUAAAUCGUUUCGUUGGCUGUUUGUGGGUUACAUUUUGCUGUUGCUGCUGUAUGGACUACUUUAUACCAUGUAAACAAACGGAUCGCAAUCAUUAUUGUAAGAAUUGCGGUUGCUACUUUGGCCGCGCUAUGAAGCACUCAGCAAUCAAACCGAAGAAGCUGGCUGCUACGUCAUGAGGUGGUUGCCACCCACACGUACACUCACUUAGUUGGAGAAUACAUACUCGUACAUAUUCCUUUACUGCCAAGGAGGCCGAUUAACGAAAAACGCAAAACAAAAAGAAAAAGUAAUAUUAAAAAAAUAAAAUUAAUAAAAAUA